AUGGGAAAAUUAAUGGAAGCCUUUUGUGAAUGUGAAGCUAAGCAGAAGAAUCUUCAAGAUGGCAUCGUCGCGCAUGCUUUCUAUCCUCGGGAUGGGCGUUUGCACUUUGAUGCCGAUGAGGACUGGAGCUUAAAUUCGCCAACCGGGGUGAACCUGUAUCAGACUGCUGUUCAUGAAAUUGGCCACAUACUUGGUCUGGAACAUUCUGUAGAUCCUCGUUCAGUGAUGUUUUCAGCGCGAAGGCCGUAUAAUCCAGAUUUUGCUUUGGGUGAGUGA